GUCACGAAUGACACGUGUAUCCAAGAUGGCGGCGGCGGUGGAAAUGUGGACAUUGAUGGUGUUGUCCAUUCUUCAUUCUGCCAAUGCCUUUUAUGUGCCAGGAGUUGCACCAAUAGACUUCCACCAAAAUGAUCCUGUGGAAAUCAAGGCUGUUAAACUGACUAGCUCACGGACACAGCUUCCCUAUGAAUAUUACUCGCUGCCGUUCUGCCGGCCAGAUAAAAUAGUUUACAAAGCAGAAAACCUGGGUGAGGUGUUGAGAGGAGAUAGGAUUGUCAACACUCCAUUCAAGAUUCUCAUGAACAGUGAUAAGAAAUGUGAGGUUCUCUGUGACCAAUCGAACAAACCUGAGAAACUGUCACUGGAGAAGAGUAAGCUGGUUGCGGAGCGCAUCAAAGAGGAGUAUUACGUCCACCUAAUUGCUGACAAUCUCCCUGUCGCUACACGGUUGGAGUUUUACCCAAACCGGGAUGGUGAGGAGGAGCAGAAGAAAGAUGUUCAGAAGGAUGUGCAGUUUGAACACGGGUAUAGGCUGGGCUUCACAGACAACAACAAGUUCUAUCUGCACAACCAUCUGUCGUUUAUAAUUUUUUACCACAAGGAGAAAGUAGAGCAGGGAGAGGAGCCCACCUUCAGGGUAGUGCGCUUUGAGGUUGUGCCACAGAGUGUCAAGUGGGAAGAUCUAAAAGCUGAUAAAGGUUUAUGUACGUUACCUGAAGCCAGUGGCUCUGCUCCUCAAGAAAUUGACCCCACCAAAGAAAACGAGGUUCUCUUCACCUACUCUGUUCACUGGGAGGAGAGUCUUGUCAAAUGGGCGUCCCGUUGGGAUACAUACCUGACUAUGAGUGACGUACAGAUUCACUGGUUUUCCAUCAUCAACUCUGUGGUAGUCGUUUUCUUUCUUUCAGGCAUUUUGAGUAUGAUCAUCAUUCGAACCCUAAGAAAGGACAUUGCUAACUACAACAGAGAAGACGAUAUUGAGGACACAAUGGAAGAGUCUGGAUGGAAGAAUGUCCAUGGUGACGUGUUCCGUCCACCGCAAUAUCCUAUGAUUCUCAGUUCUCUGCUGGGGUCUGGCAUUCAGCUCUUCUGUAUGAUACUAAUAGUAAUAUUUGUUGCCAUGCUGGGCAUGCUGUCACCAUCCAGCAGAGGAGCCUUGAUGACAACCUCCUGCUUCCUCUUCAUGUUCAUGGGUGUGUUUGGAGGUUAUUUUGCUGGCCGUCUGUAUCGUUCUCUGAAGGGUCACAGGUGGAAGAAGGGAGCGUUUUGUACCGCCACCCUGUACCCUGCAGUCGUGAUUAGCAUCUGUUUUGUUCUGAACUGCUUCAUCUGGGGAGAGCACUCGUCUGGAGCGGUGCCUUUUGCUACCAUGGUUGCCCUCCUGUGCAUGUGGUUCGGUAUCUCCAUGCCCCUGGUCUACUUUGGCUACUAUUUUGGUUUCCGCAAACAGCCUUAUGAUAACCCAGUCCGCACCAAUCAAAUUCCCCGGCAGAUCCCAGAACAGAGAUGGUACAUGAACAAGUUUGUUGGAAUUCUUAUGGCUGGUAUCCUGCCCUUUGGUGCAAUGUUUAUUGAACUUUUCUUCAUUUUCAGUGCUAUUUGGGAGAAUCAAUUUUAUUACCUGUUUGGGUUCCUGUUCCUAGUGUUCAUCAUCCUUGUUGUUUCCUGCUCUCAGAUCAGCAUUGUAAUGGUUUAUUUCCAGCUCUGUGCAGAGGAUUAUAGAUGGUGGUGGAGAACAUUCUUAGUCUCUGGAGGAUCAGCUUUCUAUGUUCUUAUCUACGCUAUAUUUUAUUUUGUGAAUAAGUUGGAUAUUGUAGAGUUCAUUCCAUCACUGCUUUAUUUUGGAUACACAACCCUGAUGGUCCUCUCCUUCUGGCUGUUAACAGGAACGAUUGGUUUUUAUGCUGCAUAUAUGUUCAUAAGGAGAAUCUAUGCCGCUGUCAAAAUAGACUGAGUGCAUAACCCGAGCACAAACCUGUGCGUAUACUUGCGUGAGGGGAGGACAGCCAAUUUGGACCUCUCAAUUCAAAUUCAAACGUUAAUUUUCUUUUAUUGCACAGAUCAUGGGACACAUGGGAUAAGGGGGUUUCAAGUCGGCAGAAGAUAUCAUUUUAAAUCUAUUUUGUUGUUAUGAUUUUUUUGAGUUAACAAUUUACCCGUUUACAAAAAAUACUACACUUUAGAUAGUACUUAGAGCAGGAAUGGAAAAUGGGUUGUGUUGAAGCUACUCUUAUCUUCUUUGUUUUUCUAAUUCUGAUGAGAGAUAACCUUGAGUGCCUGCUUGUACCAGGUUUCUGGUCCAGUGAUCUUUUGCAGUUGAUCUGUACAGAGACUCACAUGGUUGUUCAACUGUUAGACUAGCAUGCAGAGUGGUUAAAAGGGACAGAUGAUGUAAGGUUUGUCAUAUUGUCUGAUGUACAUGUAAUCCAAACAGACAUGCUGACAACCCUUACAGAGUAUACCUAAUACAAAUGUUGUGACACUAUGUACAUCAAUUGAAUGUUUUUACUUUAAUACUGCUGUUCCAGUAGUAACAAAUACAAAUUAAUAUAGUUUUUAAUAAAAUAGGAUUUACGUAUAGAAUAUUUACAAAGUUUACCUGUGCCUGUUCCGAAUCCAUCCUCUUUAUAAUUUGCUAUUUAAAGCUUCAGGGCCAUUGUUCCCUGACACAACAGGAACGCUAAAUCAAAAUCAAUAUGUGUUCUAAACAUCUGGUUUCGCUGUACAAGAGACCCGCUGUUUUACAAUUCAUGAAUACAUUCAUAAGCACCUAAUGCUGUCAAGAAAGGUAUGUAGAUUCUAAAGUUGGGAGCUGUUCAUACAUUUUAGGGGGGCGGCAGCAGUGUGUGACCAAGGAAUGCUUGUACAUAACAUAUAUAUGAAAUGUAAAACCAGUUCAGUAUAAUUGAUAAGAGGUAGUAGCGUCAUGCAGUCCUGCCAUGUAUAUGGACAGAAGCACCUGAGAGGUUAAAGAGGAAUAUGAGAAAUGUAUGCAAAAUUUCUUGGACUUCUGGGGGGUAACUUUUUUUGUGUGUUUAUGUGUGUGUGUCAUGCAUGUGUAUAUUUUAGUAGAUGUUUAACCUUUUUUUUCCCCUCUGGCAUACAUGCAAACUGAUGUUACAAGUCAUGUGCGCGUAAUAUAUAUAUAUAUAUAUAUAUAUAUAUAUAUAUAUAUAUAUCAUAUAUAUUUUCACUCCCAAACACAUGGAACAGGAUUAGCAAUGUCUGUAAACAGUAAAACAGUGGUGUAAGCAUUUAUUGGUUCAGCUUUUGCAUUUCCUUUUGUACAAUAUAAUAGUUUGUUACCAUAUGUGGCUUUCAGGCUUGGUUCUGAAUAUCCCCAAGUCUGUCUGUAAAAACCUCUCAACUGGUACGAGGCCGAAGUGUUUUCUACCUAUAGCUCAUGCGUCACAGAAGCUUUUUUUUUUUUUUUUUUUAAGUAAAUGGAUUGUUGAUUGCCUGCUGGUGAAUCCUGUCAGUCAGCACAUAAAACACACACUCAGCCUGCAAGGUUUUUCCUUUCUUAGCCUUAAUUUAAUUAAUUUUAUGUACCUCCUAUUAGAAUACUGCACUGAUACCAUCCAGCAUUUAGGAAGUUAGACAGCAAGGUUUGUUUUUAAUUUUAAUGGAUAGUCCCUUUUACACUGUUGCACUGAUCGUAAACACACACCAUUGGUAAUUUUAUAGCAUCAAAACCUGUAAUGUUUUUCAUUUGCUUUUUUUUACAGCCACUCAAGCUGGACACAGAUAUGCAGGGGAGAGGGGGAAGCAUGUAUAGUUAGAACAAUACAGGGAGUGACAGAUCAUGGGGUAGGGAAUGCUAUAGUUGCCAGCCUGAGCAUGACUUAUUUUACAAAGUCUUUGGUGUAAUCCUAAAUAAAUGAUGCUUUGUAUUAUGUUCACUCUUCUCAGGCGCUGUAUGUACCAAUCAUGUCAUUGUUUUCAGACUGCAUGUUUUUUUAUUUUCUUUAUACAAGAAUGUGAAGUUAUAGAAUGUAUAAAAUAAAAAGUGAUGAAUAUUUCCACUUUGGAUCAGCUUCACUUAAAGUAUCAUUUACUAACUUUACACAGGCUAACUGCUAUUGUUGCAGAAGUAGUAACUUGUACA